AUGAACAUUGAGAAGGCACUAUGUGUUCUCGGAGCCAGCAUAAACCUCAUGUCUUUGGCCAUGAUGAAAAGAAUGAGAAUAGAAGAGGCCAAGCCAAUAAGAAUGGCACUUCAAUUGGCUAACAGAACCUUUGAAUUUUCCCAUGGUGUAGUGGAAGAUCUAUUGGUGAAAGUGGGGGAGUUCAUCUUUCCAGCUGUUUUUGUUGUGCUUGAUUUGGAGGAAGAAGCCAACACAUCAAUUAUCCUAGGAAGGCCAUUCCUAGCUACUGCUGGGGCCAUAAUUGAUGUUCAAAAAGGGGAGUUAGUCUUAAGGUUACACAAAGAGAAGAUGGUCUUCAAUGUCUUCAAGGCAAUGAGCUACCCCAAGGAAUCCAUUGUUGAAUGCAUGAUGGUGGACACAAUUGAGACCCUAGUUCAAGGAGUCCUAGAGGAAGAACAAUGA